UUGUUUUUAAUUUUGUGCAUUUGCAUUUUUGUUCAAUAAAAACAAAUAACAAAAAUUCAUUUCCAAUUGAAAUUGAAAAUCACAAAAAAAAAAAAAUAGCACAAAAUAUGCUUAAUAAAACCUGCCACUUAUUUACUCAUUACUAAACUAAAAACAAAAAUAACCACCAUGGACGAAGACAUAAAUCCCACGAUUCUUGAUAACUUUGAAAACAAUUGCGAAAGUAUGGACAUCAAAAGAACCAACAACCCACAAGGAGUUCUGAGAGUUGGAGUUGAAAGUGCCAAUCUGCAAUUCAUGAACAUUCAUAGCAGGGAUCAAGAAUUUAUUGAUCAUACUCUCCUUGGGCCAGAAUACAUUGGCAAUACAAUAUCAAAUAGUUUUAUGAUUGAUUUGAUGGACGAAGAACAACACGAUGGUUCUGGUCAGACAAAUUCCGAUUGUCCAAUUGCUGCCUUGGGCUCGAACGAGUCAUUUCCAUCUGAAGCACAAAUGCACACGAUUCUUCAGUUUGUCAAUAGACAAGGACAUAUCAGGAAUCAGCCAAAUAUUAAUGUUGUCGAAAGUUCAAAUGAUCAUCUAAUUCAUCAGAGCGACAAAGAAAUCAUCGACUCUGAAUUUCUGGCUAUGCAAGGCAAUUUAUUAAAUGACCAGAAUUUCAAAUUAUUUUGUAGUCAGCAAAUUAUUCCAACUCAAGAGGCAUUGAGCAACGAUUUGAAUGUACCUCAACUUCAGAGUCUGCCUGUGACAACAACACUGCCCAUAACAUCAACGACAUGGCAUAGUAAAAAAGAUAGCUUCCAACAACCCCUCGAAGAGACUUCAACUGAUCUAUUGGGACCUUUGGGCGGGGCGACUGCAAAGAAAGUUCUUCCACAUAAGAAAAGAAUAUCUAAAAAGUUGAAAAACUUGGACAAGGCAGAGAGCUCUAAUUAUGAGCUGCAAAUAAGUCCGGAAAGUCCUCCGCGAGUUAAUCGGUUUGUGGUCUCCAAUGGGGCACAUUACGAGUGUGAAUUAUGUGGAGCUAUUUCCGAAUCUCAAGUACAAUUCUUUGCCCACCUUAAAGGCCACUACGAACCGACUAUUGUGGAAGAAACCGAGUGCAUAAUUGAGAGGCUUCCAACUUCUUCCAUUGUUGCUGGUGUGGCCGACGAACCAGUAAUUAAAGAAACCGAACAUGCUCCAACAACUAACGUUGUCCCAGACCACCGAGUUUUUAGUGAAGUUGAAUUAAAUUUUGAAAAUUUCAAUGAAGUUGUCGAGUUAACAGCCCAAGAACAUCAUCAACAUCAACAACAACAACAACAUCACCAUCAGCAUGAUAACACCGUACCCAUUCCAACUGAUAUUAAAAUCCUAGACUCAAAUAGAAUGGAGUAUGUUGUCCAAGUACAAGAACCUGCACAAGUUGUGUGUAAUGUCCACGAAGAAGUUGAAUUUAGUGAUACCGAGGACAUGUUGGAAGGAAUUCGAGGUGUCGUCGAUAAGGUAUCGAUUGACGAUACUUCCAAUGAUCUUGACAUGCAUCCGAGAGAUAUUUCUAAAGAAUCAUGGUUUACAAAUAAUGCAUUUAAUGGCAUUGCUUUCAAAGAAGAAAUAAUUGCGAAUGAAAAUUUCGGAAGACGAACAACUGAACUCAUGCCAAUGCCCAUCCAUGAAACUGAUGAUGAACGAAAGACUCCAAUGAACUCAAUCGAAUUCAAUAAUGACGAUGACUUUCAUGACAACACCACAAUUGACAACACAGAAGGUGGAGGCAGUUCAGAGAUAAAUUAUCCCACAAGUGUUCAGGAGGCAAAUGAAUCAAAUGUGAAGCGCAGAGGUCGUCCCAAAAAUACAAUUGUCAAAAAAACUCCAAAAAUUCCACAUACCGAUGAUGAGGAAGAAAGUUCAGAUGAAUUUGUGGAAAACAAUAAACGACGUUACAUUUGCACUAAAUGCAACCGAGAGUUUAACUCGUGCAAUGCGCUAAAAUAUCACAAUUUGUCACACACUGGCGAACGUCCUCAUCAGUGCGAAGUCUGUGGGAAAUCAUUUUAUGCCCAAAGUGCCCUAAAAUCACACAUGCGAUUGCACACCGGCGACAAGCCGUAUGAAUGUGAGCAGUGUCAUCGUAAAUUCCGUCAAUGGAGUGAUUUGAAAUAUCACAUUGUAUCCAUUCAUUCGGAUAUAAAGAAUUACACAUGUGAGUUCUGUGGCAAAUCGUUUUCUCGAAAAUACUCGCUGGUCAUUCAUCGACGGAUUCACACAAGUGAAAGAAACUACAAAUGUGAAUUCUGUCCGAAAUCAUUUCGGGCGAGUUCUUAUUUACAAAAUCAUCGCAAAAUUCACACAGGUGAAAAACCAUAUACAUGUGAGACGUGUGGGAAGAAGUUUCGAGUGGGUGGUGACCUUCGUCGGCAUAGUAGGACUCAUGAGCGGAAAGCACCGAAUGAACUAAAAACCGCAAAUCCAGACGGAGAAGGACCUGCCAAGACAAAAAUUCGCACUAUGAACAAAAUCGAUGAAAUUGUCGAUGAGAUCAAAACUGAUGUACUCCUAAAAAUUGAGUAUCAAAAGGAGAGUAAAGAUGACUUGCUGUUUCUAGAUAAGAUGGCAAGCAAGAUUGAUCAUCUUUUUAAGACUGAAGAAGAUUUUGUAAAUGAAGAUUUAGCAAACUCAGACCUAUCGUUUGUAACUUAGUUAUUAAGUUAAUCCAUUUAUUUGUAUAAUGUAUUUAUAUCAAA